UGGGAAGAUGUUUGGAUUUGGCUCCUCCAUCUUCAAUUCAGCCUCUACUUUAAUAAUGUCUGCUGUUCAGGACGAGCCCAAAACAACACCACCAGGUUCUCGCAAGACGUCUAUAGCUGCCAAAAUUUCUCCUAAAAGUACACCACCAGUUUCUCCCAAGAUGUCCCCAGCAAAAGAGCCCAAAAAACUUGUUGCUCAGAUACCAGAGCAGGACAGGAAACGAGAACAAACUCAGCAGCCCAAGACGCCCCCACUAGGACACGAGAAAGUGGACAAAGGUCCAUCAGAACCUACAAAGGCAGCCAUUGACCCCCUAACCACUUCUAAGGGAGGUCAGCCCACUAGCCCACAAGUAACAGCCUCACAAGCUACACCCAAGGAAGGCCAAUCCACCUGUCCACUCUGUAAGGUCAGCCUCAACAUCAGCUCCAAGGAUCCACCCAACUACAACACCUGCACUGAGUGCAAGACCACUGUCUGCACCCAGUGUGGAUUUAGUCCUAUGCCAAAUGCAUCAGAGGUGAAGGAGUGGCUCUGCCUGAACUGUCAAAUGCAAAGAGCAUUAGCAGCAUCUGAGCCCCCAGGGCCUUCCACAUUGAAGACCCAGGCAUCACCCAGUAAAGCCCCCACACCAGCUGUGGUCCAAUUGAAAGACACUCCCAAACCAAAUGAACCUCAAAAGAAGACCACUACAGCAGAACAAAAGAAGCAGGAAACCUCAGAUAGAGUCCCCCCUCAAAGUAAACAGUCCAUAUCAGCAGCACAACCAGAGAAGGUUGAAACUGACAACAGUCCAGGAAGUCGUCAACAAGCCAGCCCGAGUCAAAGUCCUAAAAAAACACCUGAGAACAAGACAUCAGAGCCCCAGAAACCAGCAGACAAGCCAAGUCAAACUAUACGUAAGCAGAGUAAUGCCACCCCAGCAACACAACACGAGCCAGGAGGCUUCUUUGGCUUUGGUAGCCCUAAAGCUCAACGUGAUGCUGCAAAGUCUGCAGAGUCAGUGACUGGGAAGAUGUUUGGCUUUGGUUCCUCCUUCAUCAGUUCUGCAUCCACUUUGAUAACUUCCUCUGUUCAGGACCAGCCAAAAACCACACCACCAGUUUCUCCCAAGUUGUCUCCAGCAAAAGAGAUCAAAUCCCCAGGUGCACAGAGGGCAGAAAGAGAGAAGAAACCAGAACAAGCCCAGCAGGCCAAGGCUUCUCCAUCAGGAAAGACAAAUGUGGACAAAGCUCCACCAGAGUCUCCAAAGCCAGCAGCCACAUCCCAGGCUGUUCUCACAACAGGCCAGAACACCUGCCCACUCUGUAAAGUGGAACUCAAUUUGGGCUCCAAGGAUCCUCCCAACUAUAGCACCUGUACCGAAUGCAGAAACACUGUCUGUAACCAAUGUGGAUUCAACCCUAUGCCAAAUAAAGCAGAGAUGCAGCGAGCCCUGGAAGUAUCUCAGUCCCCAGAAGCCAUCUUGGCACCACAGACACCUGCAAAGAAGGAUAUCAACAGUUCAACUGAAUCUGACAAGAAAGUGUCUUCAGCAUCACACUCACCUCAGAUGAAACAGUCAGUAGCAACAGUACAGUCAGCCAAGGUUGAGGCUGCUAAAGAGCAAGAGCAUCAGAAACAGGCCAGCCCAGCAUCCAGUCAGAAAAUGCCACAUGAGAGUGGAACAGGUCCUCAAAAAUCAUCAGACCAGACCAGUCAAACUGCACGUAAGCAAAGUAAUGCAACUGCAGCUACAAAGCAGGAGUCAGGAAGCUUUUUUGGCUUUGGUGGUCCUAAAACUCAACCUGACACUGCAAAGCCCCCAGAAUCAGUGAGUGGGAAGAUGUUUGGCUUUGGUUCCUCCAUCUUCAGCUCUGCAAGCACUUUGAUAACCUCAGCUGUUCAGGAUGAGCCCAAAACUACACCACCAGUUUCACCUAAGUUGUCUGCCACACAGGAGAUCAAACCAUCUGCUGCCCAGAAAUCAGAGAAGGAUAAGAAACCAGAGCAAGCCCAAAAGCCCAAGGCUGAUCCAUCAGCACAAGUCAAAGUGGACAAAGUUCCACCAGAGCAUCCAAAGGAAGUAGCAGUCUUGGAAGCUGCACUCAAGGAAGGCCAAUCUAUCUGUCCACUCUGUAAGGUGGAACUCAACUUGGGCUCCAAGGAUCCUCCAAACUACAACAAAUGUACUGAAUGCAAGAAAACUGUCUGCAACCAAUGUGGAUUUAACCCCAUACCAAAUGUUGCAGAGGUGAAGGAAUGGCUGUGUCUUAGUUGUCAGAUGCAAAGAGCUCUUGCAGCUACUGAAUCCGGAGAGCCUCUCCUGACAAAAUCCCAGGCAUCACCCAACAAAGUGUCCACACCUGCUGCUGCCCACAAAGAGACCACUGCCAAUCAAAAGAAAGACAUCAUUUCCACACUAAAAGCAGAGGACAUGCCAGAUAAAACUCAAAAGGACAGUCCAGCACCAGGUGUACCACAAAAGAAAGAAGAAGUCUCACCACUAUCUCAAAAGGAUGAUGGCACCACAGCAUCAGCCCCUGCCUCAUCACAACCAAAUGAGACUACAACUAAAGCCUCAUCCUUGCCCAAAGACACCACAUCUGGUUCACCCCUUGCCAAGCAGAUUCCAGUCUCCACUUCACCUCAAACCAAGGAUUUCACUCCACCAAGCUCCCCAGCAAUUAAAAAAAUAUCAGACAAGGAACCUUCAGCAAAAGAAACAAAAUCUGACCAACUGGUUAAAGCCCCCGAUGAUGUUCAGCCCUCAAACCAACCUGCAAUGCAAGAAAAUAGCCUUCAGGACGCUGGUAAAAGCAAUAUAGUGCGGCCUCAACAAACACCAAACCAAAAAUCCGACGCUCUUCAAAACCAAGAUCUUCACAAAUCUCCACAACAGUCUCCAAAACAUCAGACUCUGUCCACCAAAUCUGCUCCUCCAGAAGCUCAGCCAACAAAUCAGGAGUCAGGGAGCAUUUUCAGCUUUGGCAGCCCAAAAUCUAAGCGUGCUGCAUCAAGUGCUGAAGCAGUAACUGGAAAGAUGUUUGGCUUUGGUUCAUCAAUUUUCAGCUCAGCAUCUAAUUUGAUAACAUCUGCUGUUCAGGAGCAGUCCCACAUCACACCACCAAGUUCUCGUAAGAUGUCUGCCCCAGCACAAUUUUCCCGCAAGAUGUCUACAACAGCACAAAUCUCUCCAAAAUCUACACCCCCAGAUUCUCCAAAGAUACCUUCUACAAAGGAGUCCAAACUACCACUUGCCCAGAAAUCAGAGCAAGACAGGAAACCAGAGCAACCCCAGCAAUCAAAGGCUCCUCCAUCAUUACAGGCCAAAGUGGACAAGGAUCCAUCGGAGCCUCCACAGGAACUAGCAGUCUCCAAAGCCAAUCCCAUAGCACAGUCCACAUGUCCACUCUGUAAGGUGGAACUUAACAUUGGCUCCAAAGAUACUCCCAACUACAACACCUGCACUGAAUGCAAGAACACUGUGUGCAACAAAUGUGGAUUUAGCCCCAUGCCAAAUGUAGCAGAGGUGAAGGAAUGGCUAUGUCUCAAUUGCCAGAUGGCGAGAGCUCUUGGAGCAUCCGAGCCCCCAGGGCUUCCAAUGAUGAAAGCCCAGCCUUCUCCAAGGAAAGAGGCUCCUGUACCUGCUACACCUGAGAAAAAAGAAGCCCCAGUGUCAGUUCCUCCACAGAAAGAAUCAAGCUUACCCAAGGAUGAGCGUAUAACUUCUGCCACAGUCAAAGAACCGCUGACGCCUGGAUCACCGAAGAAGCAAGUUUCUCCUUCAGCUCCUACACAGCCUGACAAAACUGUUCCAUCAACUAUCACACAGAGUGAUGUGACAUCUUCUUUAAAACAGCCUCAACCACAGAAGACCACACAGUUAGGCCAACCACAACAGCCCUCUGGGGGGACACCAAAAGGACAACCAGGAAUAUCCCAGCAACAGACUCCAAAAGCUGAAACUCCUCCUACUAAGCCUGCUCUUCCAAAAGAUGAUUCUGCUAAACAAGAGUCCGGCAGUUUCUUUGGCUUUGGUGGUCCAAAAACACAGCCUACUCAAAAACCUCCAGAAUCUGUGACUGGGAAGAUGUUUGGCUUUGGUUCAUCCAUAUUCAGCUCUGCAUCCACUUUAAUAACCUCAGCUGUUCAAGAUGAACGCAAAACCACACCACCAACUCAACGUAAGAUGUCCACAACAGCCAGUGUUUCUCCUAAAACCACACCACCGGCCUCUCCCAAAAAGCUUCCUGCAAAGGAAACUAAGCCACCUGCUGGUCAGAAAGCUGAAGAGAAGAAACCAGAGCAACCUCAGCAGGUCAAAGCUCCUCCAUCAGCACAGGCAAAAGUAGACAAAGCUCUAUCGGAGCCUUCUAAGGCACCAGCAGCCACACAAGAUGCACCAAAAGAAGGCCAGCCCUGUCCACUCUGUAAGGUGGAACUCAACAUGGGCUCCAAGGAUUCCCCCAACUACAACACCUGUACUGAAUGCAAGAUUACUGUCUGCAACCAAUGUGGAUUUAAUCCAAUGCCAAAUGCAGAAGAGAUUAAGGAGUGGCUUUGUCUGAACUGCCAGAUGCAGAGAGCUCUGGCGGCAUCUGAACCCCUAGGACCUCCCAAAAUGAAACCACAGCCCUCGCCAGCCAAGGUUCUCACACCUGCUGUCCCUGAAAAGGAAGAUACAACAUUGGUCCAAAAAGAGAAGUCUAAAGAAUCUCCAGUAGUCAAAAAAGAGGUUACUCCAGCAGCUAUAGACAAAAAGGAGACCCCUACAACUGAGGCACCAAUACCAGCUGCAGCCCAAAAGGGAGACAAACCGGUACCAGGUUCUCUGCAAAAGACACAGGUCCUCACAAGUAAAAUGGCUAAGGAUGAGCAAGGACAAGCCCAGGAUGUAUCUAGCCAGAAGCAGCCUAUGGCAAAACAUCCACAAGCGCAACCUUCACAAUCUCCAAAGCCAGAAGUAAAGGCAGGUGCUGUGAAACAAGAAACUGGAAAACCACCACAACAGCCUUCAAAAGCCGGGAUCUCUCCAGCCAAAGCACCACCAGCUCAGCCUGCUAAACAGGAGUCAGGGGGCUUUUUUGGUUUUGGUGGUGCUAAAACACAGCCAGCCACUGCAAAGCCAGCAGAGUCAGUGACUGGGAAGAUGUUUGGUUUUGGUUCUUCUAUUUUCAGCUCUGCAUCCACUUUGAUAACUUCAUCUGUUCAGGACCAACCCAAAACCACACCACCAGUUUCUCCCAAGUUGUCCCCAGCAAAAGAGAUCAAAUCCCCCGUUUCACAAAAGACAGAACAGAAGAAACCAGAACAACUCCAGCAGGCCAAGGCUCCUCCACCUGGACAAGCCAAAGUGACAUCAGAACCUCCAAAAGCAGCAACAGCCAUCAAGGCUGAACCCAAGGAAGGCCAAUCCACAUGCCCACUCUGUAAGGUGGAACUGAAUGUUGGCUCCAAGGAUCCUCCUAACUACAACACCUGCACUGAAUGCAAGAACAUUGUCUGCAACCUUUGUGGAUUUAACCCAAUGCCCCAUACUUCAGCAAAGGAAUGGCUUUGUCUGAACUGCCAGACACAGAGGGCUUUGUUGGGACAACUCGGAGACUCAGGGAAAAUGUCCCAGCCUUCAGUCAUGCCUGCCAAGCCAGAAACCCAGCCCACACCUGCACCCACAAAGGCAGAGACCACACCUGGCCCCACCAAGGCAGAACCUACAGCUUCGCCCCCAAAGACAGAGACCACACCUGCCCCCACCAAGGCAGAGCCCACAGCUCCACCCCCAAAGACAGAGACCACACCUGCCCCCACCAAGGCAGAGCCCAUAGCUCCGCCCUCAAAGACAGAGACCACGCCUGCCCCCACCAAGGCAGAACCCACAGCUCUGCCCCCAAUGACAGAGACCACACCUGCCCCCACCAAGACAGAACCCAUAAAUUCACUCCAAAUGGCAGAGCCCAAACAUGCACCCUCAAAAAUGGAACCCAUAGCUCCAUCAGCAGCAUUCUCAGCCAAACCCAAUACAUUUGCCAUGGCACCUAUGCAAGAGACAGAGACAUCAAACAUUGAAGUCCCAAAGGCAGAUGUCCUCAAGUCAGUGACAGUAGAGGAUAAAGAACUGGCAGUUAAAACGGAGCUGCAUGUGACAGAGGUUCCUAAAGCUGAAGAGCCCAAGCCUGAGUUACCAAAAGCCCAGGCUGAAGAGGAUGUAGCUCCCCCAAUCACUGCAGAGGCAGCAACUGCUGGAGUUUCUUCAGAGACUGAUUUGAAGCCUUCUCAAGCUACGGCAGAAUUCUCUGCCCCAGGGAUACUUGCUAAGGAAGUACAGUCCGAAGACCACAUCAAACUGACAGAGUCAACAAAAGAAUUACAAAAGCCACUUGAGGUGAAGCAAAAGCCACCGAAACCACAGCCAGUGGUGGAUCUAGAGCCAGCCACACCACAAGUCAUAGCAGCUGAUAGAAAGGAAGUGGCAGCUAUGUUGAUUAAAAAUGUCGAAGACACCUCAUCUCCACAGCCACAACCAAUAACCACUAAGAAGAUCGUCAUAAAAGAAGAUGAUAAAACUGACAUGGAGCCUGCAAAAGAGAGGAAAGCAUCCCUCCCUGCUACCAAGGUCACAGAAAGUCAACAAGCCAAACUGGAGAACACAGCUGUUUCUCUGACAGCCUUUGAGGCUAAAGCCGUGGCACAAGAGUGUAAUAAUAAGGAUCAACCCCAGAUUUUACCCAUAUCACAAAAAUCUCAGGAUGUUGAGAAAGCUAGUGAUACUACUAUGACAGAUAAAACAAUAGAUUCAUCCAUGCCAGUGAAAGAUGGGGCUAAAGCUGAGAGGAGGCGACUGAGUUUCCAAGCAAUGGAAGAGAGCAGUGAAAGUGAGCUCACACCCUCACCUCAGGUUCAAAGGAGGAAGCUGAAGGUGAGCACCAUCUCAUCUAGCAGUGAGGACAUCAAAACUGAAAGUGCUGACUCCUCUAUGGAAGAUGAAGAGUUCAUCCGCAAACAAAUCAUGGGCAUGGGGGGUGAAGAGGAAAUGUCACUCUCAGAAGAUGAAAAAGAGAAAAAAUUGACAUAUGAGGAAGGAAUAAAAGAGGCUGAGUUGGAUAAUGUUUUGACGACAGCUCAGCCACUGUUUGGAAAAGGUGGCACUGAUAAUGAAGACAGUCCAGCCAGGAGAGAAUCACUCCCAAAGACUACAGCCACUGAAGAUGCUCCUGAAACUGUGACCACCACUGUUUUCAAAAAAGCUAUUCCAGCCAUGAGACAGAGACAAAGCACUGAUGAAGAUGUAGAAAGCAUGACUGAAUCUCUGUCAAAGGGAUCAUCUAGUGUUCAGGCAUCUAGUUUCACUGCAGGAUCUUCACCCACAUCAGCCUCAUCUUUGGAGGAGGAUAGUGAUAGUAGCCCCAGUCACAAGAAACAAACAGAGAAACAGCAUCGCAAAGCUAAGCACAGGCAGCCAGGCCAAUCACUCCCCACCAUUGAAGACUCCUCUGAGGAGGAGAAGACGAGAGAGGAAGACUUAAAAGAACAAGAAGCUUUGAAAGAUGGUGACCAGUCAGAGAGAAGGAGCUCCAAGAAGUCUAGGAGAGACAAAGAUGAACCUGUGUCACAGACAAGACAAGACCAACCACUUCCCUCACCUGGUAAUCUGUCUCCAAUUGAGGAUGCUUUCCUAACAGAGGAGCUGAGACAGGCCAAGGUGGUGGAAGUCAAUAGAACAUCUGGUUCAGAAUACUCUGCUAGUAUAGAAUCAGAAUCAGAGUCUAGGCAAGCUGUACAGAAGGGAGGAAGGCCUUCACCAACAGUGAUACCUUACUCUCCACCUGAUCCAUUUGAGGUGACAAAUACUGUGACAAAGUCUUUGAAGAGUGCUGAUGAAGCAUAUGAGGCGAUUAUUCAGAAGACUAAAGCUAUACCAGGAGAGAGUCCCCCUGAUAUUGAGCCCCUGUACGGAGGAAUGGCAAUAGAAGACUAUCUUUAUGAGUCCUUGGUUGAGGAGCCUGAAAUUAAGAUAAGUGAAGCUGAACCUGUUGAACCCUGUAGGGACACUGGCUCCGAAUCCAUGAAAAAACUCAGAUCUCCUGAGGAGGUUUAUGAGGAGAUGAUGCAGAAGAAGAGAGAACUAAUGAUGAUAGAGCAAGAGUUUCAGCAGGCCCAAACUGCCAUGGAAUCUUCACAAUUAGGGGCUGUAGUUGCUCUGCCAUCCUCAGUCACUGAAAUUUGUGUAGUAACCAUGCCUACAGAAGAGGUAUCUGUCACUGCAGAAACUGGGAAGUCUGUGCCAGGCACUGAAAUUUCAAGUGAAGUGCCAAUGAAGAAAAAGAAAAGGCCAGCUCCACCACGUCCCUCUGAACCUCCUAAGCGUCCUGAAGUAGCUGUUGUUCCUAGCACUCCAAGUGGAUCUAUAGGUUUUGUUAGGCCAAUGGUUCCUCAAGAUCCUUCACUCAGAAGGGCACUGUUCCCUAUACCAGACCUCAAGAUUACCCAGUGUUCAUCAGGGGAGGAAGAGGAUGACAGUCUUGCAGAGGAGUAUGGUGUUGGUGUUUCCUCUGACAUUACACCUAGUGAUGAUUCUGAGACUAAGGAGGAGCCCUCCAUUAGUCCGCCAUUGUCUGAAACUGCUGAUAUGGAGCCUAUUAGUGUGGUGUGUGAAGUUCCAGAACCGAAACCUAUUCCUACCCCAAUUUCAGCACCAGAACUAACCACUACUCCUCCUCCAGUAUCACCAGUAUCCCCUCCAACUUCACCAGCAACUCCAGAUUCCAGUUUAGCCUCCAAUGCUACAUCUUCCUCUUCUUUCCAGGCUCAAACACCUCUUUCAUCAGAUUCAACCCCACUGUCUACACCAACACCUCCAACUUCAGCUACAACCCAACCACCACCUGACAUCUCUCCGCCAUCAAUUGCAGCAAUUGCAAGUGUUUCUCCUACUGAGGGCUCAGUCUGUGCUCCUACUCUUGCCACAGUUGUAGUCACAAUACCAGAUGUUGUGUCUGACCCAAACAAAGAUCAAGCAGCUGUACCAGCUCCAGUGGAAGCCCCUACAGCUGAAACCCCAACUCCAGAUGCAGCACAGAUAUCUUCCCCUGCAACUACUGUGGUUCAAAUGCCAGACUUGGUGUCAUCUCCAUCUCAAAUGUCUGCUGAGGCCCCAGCUUCUAUGCAGGUCUCAGCACCAAGUCCAGCACCUGUUGUAGUCUCUGUUCAACACACAGUCACACCUACACCUGUUGCAGCAUCAGUUGCUCCAACACCAACCCAAGCUGUUGCUGCUGCUACAGCACCAUGUCCUGGUCCAGUUACAGUUCAAAUGCCUGACCUGGUUUCAACUACAUCUCCUAUCAUAGCUCAAAUCCCACUACCAGUCUCUGCUUUCAUAACAACCCCAGCUCAAUCCCAGGCCACAGGUGUACACUCAGCUCCUGUUCAGUCAGCUGUUCCAUCACCAACUCCAGUAGUGGUCCCAGCUCCAGCUCAAGUAGCCCAGGUGCCUUCACCAGCUUCAGCAUCAACUACUGUAGUCAAAAAGAAAGUCCCGCCACCACCUCCUCCUCGAUCUACUUCAGUUUCUCUGUCGGACAGUAACACAGAGCCCUCACAUAUCAGAGCUGUCCAACAUGUUUCCCCUACUGUGGCCACUACCGUAGCUAUGGAAACUACAGUGGCUGGCCAGCCAAUGCAGUCUGUAGUUGUGGAUAUACAGCCACGAAUGGAAGACUUGCGACGUGAUAAUGCUGCCGUACCUCAAGUGGUGACCCCAACCAGACAAGGACAUGUUGUCAUCAUAGUGCCCAGUGUGGAAAACAUGUCUGUGCUUGGCCAGACUACACAGGAUAUUGCUAGCACAGUGUCAAUAGCUCCCACUGUUCCUUUGACACAAGUCAGUCAAAUGGUUGCAGGCCCUGUGGUUGUGAGUGUUUCUCCUUUUCCCACUGCUGCCACUGGUGUAUCUAGCACAGAUACAGUCUCACUAUCCACCAUGGUGUCAGCAGUUCCAGUUAGAGUUUCAGGUCCCAUAGUUCCUCCUAAACCAGUGAUGGUGGCAAAAGUUGCAGACACAGUAGAAGAUACACCUCUACCUCCACCCACCACUUUACCGAAGCCGGCUAUUCAUUCUAAGCCACCUGUUUCCAUUUUAUCAUCAGUUCCCACUGCUGUCCCAGUUGCUACUGCAACAGUGGCACAAGCUUUUGUUUCAACAACCAGCUGCAGUCAAGCGGUCAAGCCUCCUCCACCCAUACCACCUAAGCCUGCAUCCAUUCCAGCUGGGCUGGUUUUCAGUCACAAACCAGGGGAAAGCGUCAAACCACCUACCCCUCCUGUGGUUCCCAAAGCUGCAACACUGCCGAGGACCAGGGAACCUCCAAAUGCUCUAUCACUCAGUUUGACCCGACCUGUAGAGUCUAAGAUGAGUGCGACAUCUCCGAAAUCUCCUUUAUCUCCUAGACAUGCAAAAUGUUUGCAAACCUAUGUGGUGAUAACCCUGCCAUCUGAGCCUGGCUCACCAACAGAGGGUAUAACAGUCCAGGCACCCGUCAGACGAGGCUCCAUCCCAUCCACAAAGGUUUCAGGAAUAAGGAUAACACCUUCAGAGCAGAAAACACCCACUGAGGCAUUCUCAGCUCAGGCUACAGUUAGGAGAGCAUCAGUCCCCACUGUUAGGCAUCCACCCCCAGUAGCUGUGGCUCCAACUGUGGCAAGAGAGCAAGUAACACCCUCUGAGACAACUGAUGCUAAAGCCCAAGCACAAGUCCAGUACAUGGCUUCAGCAGUGCACCCGCCACAGUCUGUGGCUGACAUCAUGGCAGUGUCAUCAAGUCAGGACACCCACAUUCAGGCAUAUAGUGUACCUCUUCCAAUCAAGAAACCAUAUGUACCUCCAGUGGCUCAACAACAACCAACACUGCCAGCCAUCCAGCCACCUCCAACUAUGUCUGAAGUAAUCACAAUGCCUCGAGAGCCAGAGAUUCCUAUUCAACCACUUGCUGUCCAAGUCACAACUAGAAGACAACCUAUAACAUCUGUAACUCAGCAUCCAGAAACAGUGCCAGAUGUCAUGGCACAAGAGGUUUCAGCUGAAAUAUCAGUCUCUCAGCCCCCAAUAUCAACUGAAACUGUACAACCAUAUUCUGUGGCAGAAGUUAUCAUACCACUGCAGCGUGAUGUACCUCCAGAGGCACUAAUUCCUCAUGUUAGGACAGCUUCAGUUUCUUCAACUGUCCUGUCUCUACAGAAUGAAGCUGAAGUAGUAAUGUUACAAGCAGAACAUGAUAUGCCUACUGAAGGUAUUACUGCUGAAGCAGUUAGUGUCUCACCAGUGCCUCAGUGCAUUCUUGAACAACAGCCACUUCCAAUAGUUGAUGUUGUGACCCUCUCUUUAGAGAACGAGAGGCUUACAAGGCUCAGCAACGCUGACACUGUUGUUGAAAUUCCACCAGUACCACAAUCUGUUCAGCCACUACAAGCUUUGCCUGAAGUCAUUCAGCCAUCUAUGCAGCAACCACCUUUUGCAGCUGACAUGGUCACCCUCCCUAUAAAUUAUAAAAUACUUGCAGAGGCUCCUACAACUGAUGAUUCUGUUGUUAGAAUGCCAUCUGUACCAGCAGUGGCUCAUCCUCCACCUUUAGUUGCUGAUGUAACCUCAAUACAUGAAGUAGUUAGGGUGACACCAGUACCUGCAGUUGCUAAAAUAACGCCAAGUCCUACAGUUGCUGAAGUAGCAUCACCUGUUGUGAUGGAAAUAACACAAAUGCAAGUACCACCAGAAACAUCCACUGUUACUUACAUUCCACAGGUCUGUGGAGCAUCUCUACCCUCAGUUAUCCCACAGUCAGCAGCUCUAAUGGAGGUCAUUUCAUUGCAGCCUGAACGUGAAACAACCACUGAUGUUACAAUAAAGGAAGCUAUUAUGAGAAGAGCUUCAGUGCCAUCAGGAGUGAUGCAGCCUCCGGCAGUGGCUGAGGUGGUGGCUUUCCCACCGCAAUAUGAGAUGCCAGUUGGUGUUGUUACCACUGAGGCCACCACUACUAGGAGGAGAACAUCUGUAUCUUCCACAGUGCAACCAACAAACACAGCCAGUGAAAUAUUUAUCCAUCCCUCACAGUAUGAAACACCCACACAAGUUGUUACAACUGAAGCCUUUGCUACUACCAGGAGGGAGUCCAUAACCAUGCAACAGCCACUUCCUGUGGCACAGGUAGUACAUAUGCAAGCUGAAAAGGAAAUCCCUAUAGAAGUUCAUGCUGCCCAAGUCCCCUACAGAAGAGAAUCUGUACCAUUAGCAGUACAACCACAAGUACUAACUUAUUCAGCAGAGUAUGAUAGCCCAUUGGAAAUAAUAACCACUGAGGCCUACACCAGGAGGACCUCUGUACCCACUGCCCCCGUUCCCACUGUCCAGGAUAUACCACAGUCUGUACCUGUGGCUCCAGUUACCAUCACAAAAAUUCAGCAGGAGUCAAUUGAGAGUCAGGAGAUUCGUGGACCAGAGAAGGUGGUCUCCAGUAUGAGCCACAUGUACUCCUCUUCUAUCUCCACCUCAGGUCAGCCUCCUGAAACAAUGCCAAGCUUGGUUACACAGGUGGUCACUACUGAGGUCCAGAGGACCACUGUGUCUGUUGUUCAUGAAAGACUACCACAGGUUCCUUCACCUAGUGUAGCAAUCACUAUACAACCAGACAUUGCUAAAGUUCAACCCCUUCCAAAACAGAAUGGGAAGGUAAUCUACCCAGGUGAUGUUAUUGAUUUACGAACAAUGAAGGUUGGUGUAAAAAUGACUGACCAAGGCAUGGACUUGACACCCCCUGAGUCAUGUCGGCAGUCUCUAUCUGGUGAUUCUAGUGGACGGCAAAUCACAGCAGUGCAGCCUGAAAUAGUAAACCUCAGUGCAGAAGUCACGCCUGCCAGCACACUGUCUGUUGUCACUGACAGUAUCACAAUAGUCACCUGCACAGCCACCAUUGCUUCAUACAACAACACUCUAGCAGAAAAGCCUCUAGAUUUGCAGGGCCAUGUCACCUCAUUGCCUCUGCCUCUCACCACAUACAAACCAUUUGAACCUCUAGCACAGAUUGUAUACAGGCCGGUCAAUUCCCAGCCUGCAGUCAGUGCUUUAGCAUCCACUGCUCAGGACAUACCCAUGAAUCUCUCUUUUGGAGCUCUCGCCUCCCCAGGAGGUAAGCAACCAGUGACUUUGGCCCCAGCAGCUAUCACUGAUGGAAGUCCCAUCCUCUCACUAGAGGCCACGGGGGCCAUGGAUCUGUCCAACUAUAGACCAAUGAGGGCUAUGGUAACUUUGUCCGGCACAAGUCCAGGAGUGGUGACCACUGUGGUGGAGGAUGAUGGUACUCCAGUCGAUUUGACGGCUGGAAGGAGAAGUGUCUGCUGUGAUGUCAUCUACAAGCUACCUUUCACAGGAAGCUGCAGAACACAGCCCCCAGUCACCACCCAGCCUGACAGCUUUAGCUAUAGAGAUGACCACUACAAAUUUAAUAAUGCUGGAGUGUAUGGUAUCAAAGGCAUGAAUGGUAUCACAGCCCCAUUGUCUGAGACCAACCUGACAGAGUCAGGACUGUUCCCCUAUGAACCGAAGAAUGAGUAUGAUUACCUCAAUGGAUCUUCAGAUGGAGCUAUAGACCUCACUGCUGCCAGUAUUUCUGCUGGUAAAGCUCUAGACUACACAAGCAAAGGCACUGGAGCCUACGCUGGGAUGACUACUGCUCCAUACUCCCAGGCUCCUGCAGCAGGGUUUGGUGUAAAUAGUGUCCUAAAAACUUCAGAUGGAAUAGUGUACUCCUCUGUAACAGCCCCGGUGCCAUCAACGUACGCUAUUACCACUCAGCCAGGAUCGAUUUUUAGCACCACCUUACCACCAACAACAAUGGUCCAAAAUCAGACAUUGCCACACCCGUAUGGUUUCAUUCCCACAACAAGUCCAGGUCAUAUUAUUCCUUUUGACACAGGGCUGCCUAAGGAGAUUCUUCCCACAGCUUUGGCAGACAUCAUAACAGGCUACCCUGACAUGUACUCAGACACCACCCUGGAAGCAAUUGCUGCCUCUCUAGAUGCUCUAGCUUCCUCCCCUAUAUUCCCUGGUUUAGAUAACACUAAGAUGGCUCAAUAUCAGAUGGAGAGGGAGUUCCUGGAGCUGGAGAAGCUUAAGCAGUUGUGUCUUGCUGAAGAGCUUGAGUGGGAAAGGCAGGAGAUCCAGCGUUACCGUGAACAAGAGCAGCUGAUGGUACAAAGGGAGCUUGAGGAGCUCCAGGCCCUUAAACAACAGCUCCUCCUGCAGCAAGAGGAGGAGCACCAUGCCCACAUGGUGGCCCAACAGGAGACCUAUGCCCAGCAGAAAGAACAACUGGAACAGAUUCAACAGCUCCAACUGCAACUCCAGCGCCAACUAGAUGAACACUAUGGUAGCACUGGUACUACAGGGAAUCUCUUAGAUGCCAAAUAUGCAGGGGUAGGGGAUAGUGGCCAGUACUGGCCUGUUAAGGAUGAAUCUACAACUCCUUCCAUUGGGAUCCAGUUAGAAGUAGGUCAGGAUCAGCUUCAGUUGGCUAAGAAGCUUCCAUUUGUAUCUAACCAAGCUGAUCAGGACACAGGGAAGAAGAUAAUUGAUAGUGGGGUGCAGACAGAUGAUGAAGACUCAACAGAUAAGCAGUAUGUGGGACGGAGAAAGAGAAGCAAGAGGAAUGCUGAUAGCUGUGCUCAGUCUGAUGAUGAGGACCAGGAUGAGUGGGAUGCACCCACAAGGGCUAGACGCCGCUCUCGAAAACAUAGCAGUGAUGGGAAACACAGCUCCAAGGUUUCUAGCAUUGCUAUCCAGACUGUAGCAGAGAUCUCUGUCCAGACUGAUCACUCUGGAACUAUCAAACGACCUAAUGUGCAGAUGGACACCAAAGUGGAAAUUGUGAAGCAUAUCUCAGCCCCAGAGAAUUCCCAGAGAGGAGGCAGCCUGAGCUGUCAGACAGACUCAGACAGGAGGCACACACCCAUUGAGGUGGGUUAUAGCACACACCUGACAGCAGAUGUCCCUUCUAAAUCUAAAGUUAUCUACUCUCCAGUCUCUCCCCGGUCUCCUGAGAAAUCAGUGGGAGGUCAGAGGAUGCUGACGGCUGAUCCAAACAGAUUUUCCUCUGGCCCUCGGACGCUAAAGGCAGGCCAGAAGUCUCUAUCUGACCCCAAAUCCCUCAGUCCUACCACUGAAGACAGGAUGGGUGGAUAUCACGCCGACAGCUACUCUGGACGUGGCUCUCCCUCUGGCACGGGUAAGAAAGUAAAGCGGACUUUACCAGACCCACCUCCUGAGGAUGACUCUCUGACAGGUCGGUCAGGCUACAGCACCAAUUCUGCUCGCCGUCGUCUUGCCCGCAAUACAACGAUGGCCCGUGCCAAGAUUCUGCAGGACAUUGACAAGGAGCUAGAUCUGGUAGAGAGAGAAUCCUCUAAGCUUCGCAAAAAACAGGCUGAAUUGGAUGAAGAGGAGAAGGAGAUAGAUGCCAAGCUGCGAUACUUGGAGAUGGGUAUCAACCGGCGCAAGGAAGCCUUGCUGAAAGAGAGAGAGAAGCGAGAGAGGGCCUAUCUCCAGGGAGUGGCUGAGGAGAGAGACUAUAUGUCUGACAGUGAGGUCAGUAACAUCAGAGAGGCCAGGGGUGAAGGUCUGGAGAGGCCUCGGACAGCUCCACAGUCUGAGUUUGACCAAUUCAUCCCUCCACAGACGGAGGCUGACUCCCAGUACAACACAUUAACAAGUCCCUACUCCCACUAUUCCCAGUUUGUCCCACAGACCCAAACCACCAGCCACUUCUCCCAGCAGGGCCUAUACCAGCAGCAGUCACUCUACCACCAACAAGUCUCUCCUUAUCAGAAUGUUCCAACCCUCUCCCUCUCCCAUGCCCAGGCUCAGCCUAGCAGCUACCAACAUGCUCUGCUGUUACAACAAGGAAAGCAACGACAGACGACUCUGUCUGACCUGGAGCCGAAGAUCACCACAAACUAUGAAGUCAUACGAAACCAGCCUCUGCUCAUUGUACCAACUUCAACAGAAAGUGGCUAUGGGGUGGCCCACCUAGGGGGCAAGUAUGGCAACUUGGACUUGAGACUAGGGCUAGAGGAGAGGAGCAUGGCCUCUAGUCCGAUGUCAAGCAUCUCUGCUGAGUCCUUCUACGCUGAUAUUGAUCACCACAAUGCCAGGAACUAUGUGCUGAUUGAGGACAUAGGGGAGCUUACUAAGGGCUCUGCAGGGCUGGGUACUACAGGCCUGGGCUCUGGGUUCAACCUGCCUGAUAAGGAGUUGUCCAAGGCAGAUAGACUGCUCAGGGCAGCAGAGGUCAGGCGCACCGCUGAGGUGGCAGACUUUUUGGGCUCAUCUCGACUGCAGGGUUAUGGUAAAGGAGAAGAUGACACCAUGGAGGAGCCCUAUGAGCUGAAACUACUUAAGCAGCAGAUCAAGCAGGAGUUCAGGCGUGGAACUGAUGGACUAGAACACCUUACAGGCCUGGGCAUGUCCCAGUAUCUCCCCAGUGACACCAGCUUUCGUCAUUUCCCCAAAGGUGAAAAAUACAGCAUUGGCAGGCUAACCCUUGAAAAACAGGCUGCAAAGCAACUCCCUGCAGCUGUGCUUUACCAGAAACAGGUGAAGAACAAGAAGGCCCUCAUAGACCCUAAGGCAAUCACUAAAUUCUCCCCAAUCCAGGAGAGCAGGGAUCUGGAACCUGACUUUGGCAGCUACAUGGGCUCUGGAGCCUCCUCUGUGACCAAUCUGGCUGCCCGGGCCAGAUUGCUGCAGGAUGAGAUCACCUUUGGGCUUAGGAAAAACUUAUCUGAGCAGCAAAAAUAUCUUGGCUCUUCCCUGGGGGCCAGCCUGGCUGGAUCUCUCAAUCUGGGCCACACCCUUGGUCUGGGGCCCACUAUUAGGUCUUCUGUCCAAGAUGAUGGCACAUACCCCAGUGGCAGUCGCUCCCGACCCUCAUCACGCCCCUCCUCCCGCCCUUCAUCUGUCUAUGGCUUGGAUCUAUCCAUGAAACGAGACCUGUCCAGCUCCUCGCUUAGACUGAAAACAGAGGGAGAGGUCUUGGAUGCAGCAUUUGCCCCUGGGGUAGCCAGAACCAAACCAACCAGUCUACCCAUUAGCCAGAGCCGGGGUCGUAUCCCCAUUGUGGCUCAGAACUCUGAGGAGGAGAGUCCUUUGAGCCCGGUGGGGCAACCUAUGGGCAUGGCUAGAGCCUCAGCUGGGCCUCUCCCUCCCAUCUCUGCCGACUCCAGGGACCAGUUUGGAUCUAGUCAUUCCCUGCCAGAGGUACAGCAACAUAUGAGGGAGGAAUCUCGGACGCGGGGCUAUGACCGAGACAUCGCUUUCAUCAUGGAUGACUUGCAGGGGGCCAUGUCUGACAGUGAAGCUUACCAUCUGAGGAGAGAGGACACAGACUGGUUUGAUAAGCCAAGAGAAGGACGCCCACAGAGUGGUCACAUGAUGGACAAGAGACAGAUGAAGCUGGUUCCUUAUACCUUCCCUCACACUCGCAUCAAACUUCAGAGAGACCUAAAGGACACCAGUGUGUCAGGGAAUGGUCUUGGAAUUCGGGUGGUAGGAGGAAAGGAGAUCCCAGGGAGCCGGGGAGAAAUUGGAGCCUACAUUGCCAAGGUUUUCCCUGGUUGUGUCGCAGAACAAACGGGAAAAAUUGUAGAGGGAAUGCAGGUGUUGGAGUGGAAUGGAGUACCCCUGAUGGGAAAGACUUAUGAGGAAGUGCAAUGCAUCAUGGGCCAGCCAUGUGCUGAGGCGGAGCUCUGUGUGAGACUCGACCUUAAUAUGCUGUCUGACCCUGAGCACCCACAAGCCCUGGAGCACCAUGUCCAGCUUAAGGCUGGUGGCCAACGCUCUCCUGGUGUAGAUCCUAAGCAGCUGGCUGCAGAACUACAGAAAGUCUCCCUGCAGCAGGCUCCUGGUGUGGCCGGGACAGGGCUUGGGCCUGGGGGGAUUGGGGUUCUCUCUGCGCUGGAGCGUUCAGCCCUCCUCCACUCGGGUACUGGAUCAGCCGUGUCCAGUGGUGUGCCGAGCCCUGGCCAGCCUGCCUCUCCUGCCAUCAACAAAAAACAGAGGCAUAGUGCAAAGCCAACCGAUGUGCUGAAGACACAGCCUCAUCCUAUCACUGGAGAAAUACAGCUCCAGAUCAACUAUGACAGGAACCUGGGCAACCUGAUCGUCCAUGUCCUGCAGGCCAGAAACCUGGCCCAGAGGGACAACAACGGCUACUCUGACCCUUUCGUCAAGGUCUACCUCCUACCCGGGAGAGGCCAAGUCAUGGUUGUCCAGAAUGCAAGUGCUGAUAACAAGAGAAGGACCAAGUAUGCGCAGAAAACCAUGAACCCAGAAUGGAACCAGACUGUCAUCUACAAGAAUAUUCACCUUGAGCAGUUGAAGAAAAAGACGCUGGAGGUGACAGUGUGGGACUACGACAGAUCUUCCUCAAAUGACUUCCUGGGAGAAGUGUUGAUCGACUUGGCAAACACAGCCCAGCUGGACAACACUCCUCGCUGGCUGCCUCUGAAGGAGCAGAGUGAGAGCAUUGAGCACAGCAGAGCCCAUCAUGCUGCUCAAGGCCCUCCAGGGUCUGGAGCUGGUCAAGGUCAGGGCCAAGGCCAGGGCCAUAUGUCAGGGCCUGGGAUGGGGCCUGGGCAGGGUUUGGGACACGGUCAAGGGCAUGGGCAGGGUGAGGGCAGUCAUGAAUCACCUAAGAACUCCGUUAUCAAGAGCAGGAGCCAUGGAAUAUUCCCAGAUCCAGCCAAAGACAUGCAGAUGACACCUCUGGAAAAGUCACACAGCAGUCCAGGCAGCUCCAAGUCUUCCUCUGAUGGCCAGCUGCGCUCCCACGGCCCCUCCCGCAGCCAAAGCAAGAGCAGCGUCACUCAGGCCCACCUUGAGGAUGCCGGGAUAGCCAUCGCUGCUGCCGAGGCUGCCGUGCAACAAUCCCGCCUGCAACCAAGUAAACCCCGACCAGGACACCGGCUGGGUGAUGUCUCAGGGUCAGUGGUGCUGUCUGCCCCCAGCCUGGUGGGAGAUGCCUAUGGAGGCCUAGAUGGGGAAGAGGCGGCUGGCACUGGAGUGGACAGUGCCAUUUUUCAAGUGCCACGCAUUGGAAAGCCUAUGCCUAACGGCACGGACAACAGCCGUCUAGGGCCCCCAGAAAAUGAAGGUGGUAAGACCCAAGUAAUGGGGGAGAUCAAAGUGGCUCUUAAAAAGGAGGUGAAGACAGAGGGGGACCAGUUGGUCUUGGAGAUCCUCCAGUGCAGAAAUAUCACCUACAAGUUCAAGAGCCCAGACCAUCUACCAGACCUGUAUGUGAAGCUGUACGUUGUGAAUGUGGCCACACAGAAGAGGAUCAUCAAGAAGAAGACCCGAGUUUGUCGACAUGACCGGGAGCCAUCUUUCAAUGAGACCUUCAGAUUCCCUCUUAAUCCAACUGGUCACUCCAUACAGCUGUUCCUGGUGUCCAAUGGAGGAAAGUUCAUGAAGAAGACUCUGAUAGGGGAGGCUUAUAUCUGGCUGGAUAAGGUGGACAUGAGGAAGAGAGUGGUGAGCUGGCACAAGCUGCUGGUCAGUUCCACUCAGACCAACCCCUGAGCACCACAUCAGAUGUGGCCAACAGGCAUCGAUUAAAAAAAAAAAAAAAGGUGAAGCCAGACUGUUCUUGUUCAGAGAAAUUACAAAAAAAGAUGAAGAUGAGAAGGAGAAGGAGAAGGGGAAAUAAACAGGAUGUGAACAGGUAUCCAUGUAAUUUACUUCCUCAGUUUAUAUGUUCAGAAAAAGGGAAUUAGAUUCAAGUAUCAUGCCAACUGUAUCUUGAUCAGUCUGACACUGCCAGCGCACACGUUCACCCCCGGCCCACGUCUACAAUUCUCUGGCUGUGGACUUUGCCCUUGGCGUGCAAACACCACAGCAGGCAGUAAAAAGGACUCAGCAGCAAUAUGGCUUUGAGAGCAGUGAUGUCACCAUGGUUCCCCGUUUACGAUCCACAUAUGACUUUUUUUUUUUUUUUUUUGGUGCUGUGCCACUGAGCUAACACAACUCAGAACGUAGGAUACAGAAUUAUGAACCUAUUAAAUCAACACUGUUCGACAUUGUGUUUUCUUCAUAUGAGAAUCAUUGUUGCAAUUCCCACAUGAUAAUCGUGAUGUAUGUGGAUUUGUCCAUCAGUGGAUCUCAAGUUUUCAAUGCUGAAGGAUUGCGUCAUGUAUUUUGUAUAAUACUCCUUGAGUUUCAAGUAAAAAAUAAAGACGGCGUAUUGGAUUGUAGAAAAGAGCCAGAAAGUUGAUUUUGGCUAUAAAAUGAAGAUAAAAUGUACAGUGCUCAGAUUGUAGAUAUCACAGGCAGAUUAUACAUCAUAUCAGAGAGUCACACUUUACAGUGUGAUAUUUAUAUAAGAUACAGAGAUUUCAGAUGUAGAGUAUAUCUAAAUACUAUAUGUAAGAGCUGUCCUCUUUAUCAGUCACUGUCUGAUAGAUUAUAUAUCAUGAAGUAUAGACAUAUAUUCUCUUUCAGGUUGAAGCUGUGGAUGGUGCACUGACAAUCCAGUAGGCUACUCUUGUCUAGGGUGUUAUGCAGUCUUUUUAGCUGUUAUGUGAAUGUGGACCUAAAGGAGUGCAAGGAUAUUCAUGACAAGUAGCUUCUUUGGUCCUCUGAUCACACAGUGUUACACCACUAAAUGUUCUGUGGAGCUUCGAUAGAUUUAAAUUUUAAAGGUCAGGUUCCUUGUGAGAAAAAUGCCUGUCUUAUUGGUAUGCUACGACAUGAAGCAGGUUGGAAUUACAAUAAAAUGAAUGGUAUUUUGUGCUCUAAAGCAGAUUCUCAUCAGCCUAAAGCACAUGCUGUGCUGAAUGUUACAAGCCAAUCGUAGAGGAUGACAAGAAUUAAUCACAUUUGUGUUGUUUGUAGACCAUUUUACUUUUAGACAGAUGUAGUUGUUGAUAGUAUGUUAGUAUUUCCUUCUGUGUAGCCUAUCAUGUAAUUACGCUGCUAUUCUGGUUUGGGAUGGGUAUGUAAUUCACACCAGUUGUGUCAAAACCACAGGUAGAUGUUCAGCUGUCUUUACCUCAGUGUGACGGCACUUUGUUUUUCCGUGUGUUCACAUUGUCACCCCUGGUCUGUGUUAUAUCUCAACAAGAAUUUAAAAAAAAAAAAAAAAAAAAUGAAGGAAAAAAGAACACAAAAUAAGUACUCAAAUGGCAACUGAUCUUGUCGGUCAAUUGAUGGGAUUCUGGUGUGAGCGCUGUAAGCUCACUAAAGCUGUUCUGCGUCAGUGAAUCCAGUUGCAACCCAGUGAACCAGCCUCUUUCACUGCCUGUGACCAAAGCGCUCGAGCCCACUGGGGUUCAGUCAUAUUCUUCAACUGAGGGCAGAGGAACAUGUCAGUGCUCACGGGGCUAUGGCCCAGUACUAGUGUAGAGUGGGAUACCCCUUUAUUCAUCUAUUAAUGUGUUUUUUGCCACCAUAUCUACAAUAUGAGACCAACACUAUCAGGUGACCCUCAGAUCUGCUGUUAACGUAUUUAGGUAUAUCACAGGGCUGAUGCAAUUUUUUUUUUUUUUUGUAUUUUUUUUUUUUUUUCUAAUAAAAUGGAGGUAAUAGAGGAAACAACAAACACAGACCUUGAGUCAAGAUGUCACUUGACUGUUAUAGCAAAGUAAAAAAAAAAAGAGAAAAAAGAGAACAUAUAUAGGAAGAGACAUGGAUGAUGUUAUAGAAAAUUAUUUUGUUGUGCCAACCUUGACUUUUUUUUUUUUUUUUUUUUUUUUUUUUUUUUACAAACUUGUUGGUUCCUUUGAGGUAAUUCUAUGCAACAUAUAUGUGUUUGAAUGCAUUUUUUUGUCUUAAUUAAAUAUAUCUGUGAGCAUACGGUCGGAAAAAUGUGUAUCUUAUAGAAAAAUAAUUUUAAUUUGUACAUCAUUGAAGGAAAAUAUGAAAUAUAUUAAUUUUUUUACUGAUUUUAAAAUAUAUUGAUGUUAACAUGUACAUGGAGCUCGUGUACUUUAGUGUUACAUUGUUUAUUUUUCUGUCUCGUUUCAAGUGUCAUGACAUGCAGAUUCACGUGCUUGUGUUUCUAUGUUGAAAUUAGUUGAAUCAUGGUGUAUGUAGUGGCAGAAAAUACUGUAGUGUGCAUUUUUUAUCUAUGUGACAAAAGAAAAAAAACAAACAAACAAACAAACAAACAAGCAAAGCACUUGGGGUUCCUAAACACAAUGCACAGUCUGAGGAGAAAUCACCCUUCCUAUGCCAUGCUCAUAGUCUACUGAACAGUCUGUGUACAAAAUACGGUAAAUAAGACAUUCUUCUUUCAAAGCUCAUUCAUGACUGUUUAACCCCUCGUGUGUCAUUAGACUCCCGUCAUGCUAACUACUGUUUGUUCGGACCAGAUGUUGCUUGUAAUCGUGAAAACAAUCCAUUUGUUGUUGUUCUGAGGGUGUGAAUGUGACUCGAGUCAUUUGAUCUGUGUACAUAGUGUUUAUUUUCUACAAAGAUUGAAUGUUUAUAUUGUCCGAGGUUUGAGCAUGUGAGUGU